AUGGCGGCGGUGCUGAGCUCGGACCGGCUCGAGGUCUCGGUGGACGGGCUGACGCUGAGCCCCAACGCCGAGGUGCCGCCCUGCGAAGCGCGGCCGGCGCAGGGCGAGCCGGCGGCGGGGCGGGGCCGAGCGGGGCCCGGCUCCCCGGGCGCGGCGGAGGCCGGCGGCGAGGCGGCGGAGGAGGCGGCGCUGAGCCUGGAGCGGCGCUGGGGCUUCUCGCUGGAGGAGCUCUACGGGCUGGCGCUGCGCUUCUUCAAAGAAAAAGAUGGCAAAGCCUUUCAUCCAACAUAUGAAGAAAAGCUCAAACUUGUGGCACUGCACAAGCAGGUUCUGCUGGGACCUUACAACCCUGACACUUGCCCUGAAGUUGGAUUCUUUGAUGUUCUAGGGAAUGAUAGAAGGAAGGAAUGGGCUGCCCUUGGAAACAUGUCAAAGGAAAAAGCUAUGACAGAAUUUGUCAAGCUCCUGCAUCGGUGCUGCCACUUGUUCUCAACAUAUGUCACUUCCCACAAGAUAGAAAAAGAAGAGCAAGAAAAGAAAAGAAGAGAAGAGGAAGAGCGAAGGCGGCGUGAGGAGGAGGAGCGGGAGCGGUUGCAAAAGGAAGAAGAAAAACGUAGGCGAGAAGAAGAGGAAAGACUGAGAAGGGAAGAGGAGGAGAGGAGGAGAAUAGAGGAGGAACGACUUCGGAUGGAACAACAGAAGCAGCAGAUCAUGGCAGCGCUGAACUCGCAGACGGCCGUGCAGUUCCAGCAGUACGCGGCACAGCAGUAUCCCGGCAACUACGAGCAGCAGCAGAUCCUCAUCCGGCAGCUCCAGGAGCAGCACUACCAGCAGUACAUGCAGCAGCUCUACCAGGUCCAGCUUGCACAGCAGCAGGCAGCCUUACAGAAGCAGCAGGAUGCAGGGGUGGCAGCGACAGGGGCGCCCCUGACUGCUGCAUCCAAGGUGAACACUCCUGCCCCAGGGGACACCCCAUCCAUUAAUGGGCAGGCCAGUGCACAUGCAGACAGCCCUGAAAAAGAGUUGGAUACAGAGGUUUUGGAAGAAGCGCUGGAGAAUGGACCAAAAGAUUCUGUCCCAGUGAUCGCUGCCCCAUCCAUGUGGACACGACCCCAGAUAAAAGACUUCAAGGAAAAAAUCCGUCAGGAUGCAGACUCUGUGAUCACAGUGGGCCGAGGAGAAGUGGUUACAGUCAGAGUACCGACUCAUGAAGAGGGGUCUUACCUCUUUUGGGAGUUUGCUACAGACAGUUAUGACAUUGGUUUUGGGGUGUAUUUUGAAUGGACAGACUCCCCUAAUACUGCAGUCAGUGUGCAUGUCAGCGAGUCCAGUGAUGAUGAGGAGGAAGAGGAAGAAAAUACUAGCAGUGAAGAAAAAGCCAAAAAGAAUGCCAACAAGCCUCAGCUAGAUGAAAUAGUGCCUGUGUACAGACGAGACUGUCACGAAGAAGUGUAUGCUGGCAGCCACCAGUACCCAGGGAGGGGAGUUUAUCUUCUUAAAUUUGACAACUCCUACUCUCUAUGGAGGUCAAAAACAGUUUACUACAGAGUUUAUUACACUAGAUAAAGGUGUGGCUGUGUCUGAGGCUGGGCUGUGCAGAAGAUGUCAUUUUAUUUGGAAUUUCUUCAAGCAUAAUGGAUCCUUUUGAGUCUGUAUUUCAUCCUGUCUGUAUCUGUAUGGUUUGUGUGAACUUUUAACAAGUAGACACUGGGAUCUUCCUGCUCCAUGACACUAAUGCAUAUUGCAUUGGGCUUAACACAGGAUCUCCCUAACCAUUUUGGGGAUUGGAGUUGUUGGCUCCAGUGCUGAGGUCACAUAGAUUGCACUUGUUAAAACCUCAUGAAAAAGGGGGAGGGAGUUGCUGGCUCACUGGCUGGGUGAUCUGAUGUUUCCAGGUCUGGAUGCCUUGAAUAACUCAUUGAUGGUUAAAGGUCCCAUCAGUAACUGGUAGAUUUGGAUGCAGUUUACUGUGUAGCAAGUUUCUCUUAACUGUAAUUGAAUGUCAGAUUUUUUACACCAUUAAAACUUGAAACUUUAA